AGGAUACAGCUAAGCCCAUCUGCAAUCCCCCCGCCCGCCCGCAACCAUAAAUUCAGAUUCAACCCUCAUUGUUGAUUCCAUCGCUUCUCUCUCUCUCUCUCUCUCUUCCUCACUCCUAGGGUUUUCAUUUGUGAUUUCUCUGUAAACAAUGGCACUCACAAUGAAACAAUUGUCCCUUUUUGUUGCUGGAUGUGGAAUACUGUCUUUCAUCUUUGGAGUUGUUGCUGAGAACAAAAAGCCUGCAUCUGGUACACCGAUUGUGGGCAAGGAUGUCACAAUAUGCAAGUAUCCAUCGGACCCGACUAUUCUUUUGGGAUAUCUUUCGGUUGUAUUUCUCAUUUUAUCAUCUGUUGCUGGCUAUUAUUCCCUGUUUUAUCCUUACAAGCAGAAGACUGUCCCAAGGGCUGCUUUCUUUAGAAGCACCACCUUCCUUGUGUUCUUCAACAUUGCUUUAGGAACUGCUGGAUUAGCAUUUGCAUUCCUGUUAUGGCCAACGAUAACAGAGCAACUUCACCACAUUCGCAAUGUCCACAAGAACUUAGAGACAACAUGCCCCACAGCCAAAACCGGGCUAAUUGGUGGAGGUGCCUUUCUAUCACUUGAUGCAUCACUCUUCUGGUUGGUUUCCCUCAUGCUAGCUAGCAAUGCCCGUGAGGACUAUCUUGAUGAAGUCGAAUCACCCUCUGAUGCUGACCUGACCGAUAAAAUCAGGGUUUAAGUUACAACUAAUAAAAACCCAUAUGAGGAAGUGCUAGUGUCUAUAAAUAUAUACCUAUAUUGAUCUUUGCAAGUUGUACGUUGAAAUCGACGUGUCUCUCUUCUUAUUAUGGACGUAAUUGAUCUUAUAUUAGUUGUUUACGAAUUUGAAUCAAUCUUUAAUAAAGAAUUUGGUUUGAUCUAUAAGAAU